AUGAUCUAUGUUGGAAAUAGUGAAACGUUCACUCCAGCUCAUAAGGAUGUUUGUGGAGCGUUGGGCCAUAAUUUGAUGGUCUAUUCAGACAAUGGUAGGACUCACGCUAUUUGGUGUAUUAUGAAAUAUGAAGAUUUGGAACAAAUUAGAAUUUUCUUUCAGCAAAAUGGGGCUUUCCUUGAUGACGAUAAUUGCUUUUUACCUCUUCAUAUUUUAUCAAAAGCUCCUUUCACAGUAUAUUUGUUCGAGCAGAAACUUGGCGAUUUGGUUUUAUUGCCGCCAAGUGCUCCUCAUCAAGUGUUAAAUAUGGGAGGAAAAGCAUCAAGAAAGUUCGGAAAGAAUCAAGUGUAUAGAAUCAAAGCAGUCACAUAUUACUCCAUGCUCAAGUAUUCUGAAAAGUCUCAAUCGUUCACAAAACUUGAGGACAUUGGAUCUACUGAAAACGAACGAAAACGAUUUUCAGAUGAUAUGCUUAUAUUACUUAGGAUUUUUGACGAUAUAUUGUUUGAGGAAUCGAUUGAAUCCGACGUUUUUGAUGAUGAGUUACAUGUGACAAAACUCCCAGAGACAGAAAAAUAUAUGCAUUCCAGAUAUUGCGAUCAUUGUAAAUGUGACAUAUUUAACAGAUGUUUUCAUGUUGCAAAAACAAAAUUACACCAAGCCUAUGACUUGUGUAUUAACUGCGUUGCAAAAGGAAGAGGUUCUUUUUUUGGAGACGAAAUGAAUCUCAUGGAACACAUCAGCUUUUCUGAACUCAGAGAAAAUUUUGAACAGGCAAAGAAGUCAUAUUUAAACGUUCAACAAUUGAUGAAAAAUGAAAAUAUUACAACCAUGGAUGACCUAGAGAAGACAAUUUGGAUCACUAGGGAUCCAUGUAAAACCACCUCAAUUACCACCAUUGCAUGGAGCAACAUGUACUACUCAAAACAUCAUAAGGAAUUUCCCGAAUAUUUACCCUGCCAUCAAUGUGAUGACAGCAAACCAAAAUAUUGUACGAAAACAUGCACCAAGUGCAAUACUUCUUAUUGCAAUCAAUGUCUUUGGGACAGAUACACCCUUACCCUUUGUGAGUGUAAUAGACUCAAAAAUUGGACCUGCCCUCAUUGUAAUGAUGUGUGUAAUUGUGUCAAAUGUCUCAAAAAACGAGAUAUAGACACACUCAGUUACUCAACAAACAUUCUCUCACGGAUGGACGAAAUUAAGGAUGUUCUUCCUUUUUCAGUUCUUGAUGUGAGUGGUAACGAAAGUACAACAAGAAUUUUGGAUAGCAUUUGUGAUCUUCCACCACAACCUAUUCAGCAUUUAACUGAAGCCAAAAAUGCAACUAGAAUUUUAAAUAGCAUUGCCAAAAAUUGCCCACUCGUCGAAACGAACUGUGCACCCAAGACAAAAAAGAGGAAAAUAAUAAUUAUCAACAAGAACCCUGAUCAACAGCAAAUCAAAAUUAUACACAACUAUUAUCAUCAUCAAAAAGUUUCAGUGUGUGGAAACUGCCAACGAUCCAUUGCAACCACCAUCAGUCUAAAUCAGACAAGUCGAAAUUUUAUUGCUCUCAUUGCAUUUUAA